GGGGGACGGACGCCGGGGAGGGGGGGGGGGGGGACACGCGGGGACAACCCCACCGGGCCGCCGCCAGCGGGGGGGCCCCGCAGGCCGGCCCGGGCGAUGCUGCGGGCCCCGGGCCCGCUGGGGCCGCCCCCCGCCCGCCUCCUGCUGCCCGAGGCCGCCGCCGCCGCCCUGCGGCUGCUGCCGCCGCUGCCCACCAUGGAGCCGGUGCCGAAGGUGCUGGGGGCGGCGCUGGCCAAGCCCCGGCGCCCCGUCAUCGCCUGCAGCGUCUGCCAGAUCCGCUUCAACUCCGAGAGCCAGGCGGCCGCGCACUACCAGGGCAACCGCCACGCUCGCCGCCUGAAGGGGCUGGAGGCCGCCCGAGCCCGCCGCGGGGGGGACACCCCUGACACCCCCGACCCCCCCGCGCCCGCCCCGGCACCGGAGACGCCCGACCGCCCAGGGGUGGUCCCACUGCCCCCCCAUGACAUCCCCAACACCUGCGUGCCCCUGGGGGGGGUCCUGGUCACCCCCGCGAGCAGCCCCCCGCCCCCGCAGCCCCCGGGGCGCCCGGGCCCCCCUCGCCCCCCACUGCCCCCCCGGCUGUGGCUGCCGAGGGGUGUGGGGGGGCGCGGGGGGGCGCGGGGGGGGGGGGAGGAAGAGGAGGAGGAGAAGGCGAAGGCCAAGCGGCUGCUGUACUGCGCCCUCUGCAAGGUGGCCGUCAACUCCCUGUCCCAGCUGGAGGCGCACAACAAAGGGACGAAGCACAAGACGCUGGUGGAGGCGCGCAGCGGGCUGGGGCCCAUCCGCGCCUUCCCGCGGCUGGGGGGGGCCGCGGGGACCCCCCCGGCCGAGGCCCCCGAGCGCUCCUUCCACUGCCAGAUCUGCAACGUCCGCCUCAACUCCGAGCUCCAGCUCAAGCAGCACAUCUCCAGCCGGCGGCACCGGGACGGGGUGGCCGGAAAACCCAACCCGCUGCUGAGCCGCCACAAGAAACCCCGGACCCCCCCGGAGCUGGCGCCGCUGCCCUUCCCCAAGGAGCUGCCGAAGGCGCUGGCUGGGGGGGGGCUGCUGCCGCCCCCCCUGGCCCUGGCGGCCGCCGCUGCUGCCAUGGCCGCCCCCCCGCUGGCCCUGCGCCCCCCCGGCCCCCCCCUCCUGCCCGGGCCCCCCCUGGCACCCGCCCUGCUGCGCCCCGCGCCCGGGCCCCUGCGUCCCGCACACACCCCCCUCCUCUUCUCCCCUUACUGACCCCCCCCCCCCCCCCGGCAACCGUCGCCCGGCAACUGGCACCCGGCAACCACCCGGCAACUGGUACCCGAGCAUCACCGAGCAGCUGUUACCUGGCAACCAGGACCCGGCAAACGUUGCCU